CGUGAAUUGGAUGGCCUGCGAUGGCCGCUGUUAACAACGUGAAAUCUUUACGAUCUCCUUUCAUACCGUAUUUAAACCCAAUCAACGCAUGUGAACAACUCGGCCCCUCAUCGUCCGUCGGAAAUUGGGACGACAAUUCCGCGGGAUAAAUCGUUUUCUGUCAAAAAUUUGGGCCCAUUCAAGUGUCGUUUCAAAAAGCAACUCGUACGAAAUGACGGAGCCACAUAACAGAAACUAUCGGGAAGACUCGAGGGGAAAUGUUCUUAGAAAUCAUUCGUGGAGUAAUGGGCCCGACAGCGAGGAUGAACUGGCUGGUGAAAAUGGAUUGCUUGAUGAAAAUAUGACCAGUCCAAGAUAUCAAUCAAGUGUAGCAGAUUCACUCGUAUGUAAUAUGACAAUAUUUUCAGAAGAAAAGAUGCGUAGGAAACUGAAGUUCUUCUUUAUGAACCCUAUUGAAAAAUGGCAAGCGAAACGUCGUUUUCCAUAUAAAUUUACUGUUCAAGUCAUUAAGAUUGUAUUGGUUACUAUACAGCUGUGUCUAUUUGCUCAUAACAAUUACAUGCAUGUAAACUAUGCUUGGGAUAAUCGAGUAGCUUUCUCACACCUAUUUCUCAAAGGAUGGGAUGCUACACAAGAGGUACCAGUUUAUCCACCAUCAACAGGCCCCUUGGCAAUUUACAGACAAGACGAUUUCUUUAGUACAAUUGAUUAUGCUCUAGAUGGUUACUAUAAUCUUAGUAAUGCAAUUGGAUCUUAUUCAUAUACUGCAGAAGACAACUCAGUAGGCCUGGUUGUACUAUGCUUAUAUCAUUACAAAGAAGGUAUUAUUUUUGGCUUCAACGAAAGUUAUGUUUUUGACAAAGAAGUCACAGAAACGUGUAUAAAUAUAACUCAUCAAUUUUACAAGGCAUAUACCACGUCAAAGCAUUUAUUGUCUGCAAAAGAAAUCCAUGUAAAUUUCUCAGCCCUUGUUAGGGCCCACGUAAAAUUCGCCUUAAAAACAGUCAACUUGAAAGCUGCUGGGCCCAUGACACCGCCAGAUUGUUAUCAGUUUAAUGUUAUUAUCGAUUUGGACAAUCGAGAUUUCGACGGACAAAUUUUACUCUCCUUAGAUGCAGAACCAAAGAGAUUAGAGUGCAAAGGCGAUACACGUUAUAUCACGGAUAAUCGUAUUGAGUCAGCUUUAAGGACGUUACUAAAUUUGCUUGUAAUUUUGAUUUGUAGUGUGUCUUUGAUUUUAUGCUCAAGAGCUAUAUACAGAGCGCAACUGUUGAAGUUCGAAACCAUGAAUUUCUUCAAGAAAACGUAUGGCAAGACAUUGAGCCUUGAAGGAAAAUUAGAGUUUUUAAAUUUGUGGUACGUAAUGAUCAUUGCAAACGACCUUCUAAUUAUCAUGGGCUCGGCCAUAAAAGAACAAAUCGAACGGAAACAAUUCGGCAGUGAUCAUUGGAACGUGUGUAGCAUAUUUCUAGGAACUGGAAAUUUACUUGUUUGGUUCGGCGUACUGCGGUAUCUCGGUUUCUUUAAAACGUACAACGUUGUUAUUUUGACGUUGAAGAAAGCUGCCCCGAAGGUGGCACGAUUUUUAAUAUGCGCGAUUCUUAUUUAUGCUGGCUUCACGUUCUGUGGCUGGUUAAUCUUAGGUCCGUAUCAUAUCAAAUUUCGUUCACUCGCGACAACCUCUGAAUGCUUGUUUGCACUUAUAAAUGGCGACGACAUGUUCGCCACGUUUACAAUAACAUCAUUCAAAUCACCAAUGAUGUGGUGGUACUCUAGGAUCUAUUUAUACACGUUCAUUUCAUUGUACAUUUACGUGGUUCUAAGUUUAUUCAUUUCUGUGAUAAUGGACGCCUAUGACACGAUCAAGAUUUAUUACCGCGAUGGGUUCCCGAAAAACGAUUUGCAAACUUUUAUAGCGUCAUGUACAGACGAGGCAUCCAGCGGUCUUUAUAGGGAUGAUUCUAAGAGCGAUCUUACAGACCUUCUUGAUCGUUUUUGUUGUUGUCGGAAAAGACCCUUUUAUGGGUCAUUCUCAGGGUCGAAUACAGAAUUCCCAACAAAAUCGGAAGAAACAUGCGGAGGAGCAAUCUGUAUAUAG